AUGCAAUCGACGAUGAUGGUAUUACCGGCGCUAGUUGUUGUGCUCUUGACUUUGGGAUCGACAAUGUCCCUCGAGACGUAUUCCAAUAAAUACGACAACGUCAACGUAGACGUUAUUCUUCACAGCGACCGACUCCUAAACCAAUACAUAGCCUGCGUCUUGGACUACGGACCUUGCUCUCCGGACGGACGAUAUUUCCGAACUAUUCUGCCCGACGCACUUGCCACGAACUGUGCUAAGUGUACGGACAAAAUGAAGGGUAAUGUUCGAAAGAUGUCGAACCACAUCAUGAAGCGGAGACCCGAGGACUGGGCCAAGUUUGUUCAGAAAUAUGACAUUGAUGGGAAGUACAGAGAAUCUUUCGCACGAUUUCUAAACGAACAGAGCUAA